AUGGAGUGCGUCGUCCAGACCACUGCCCUGCUGGACUACGAGGCCUCCGCCAGCCACAACCUGACGGUGCGGGCGCAGGACCCCUUCACCGGGGGCCACACGGACACCCACGUCACAGUCGCAGUCACGGACGUCAAUGACAACCCGCCGGAGUUCAGCCGUUCCGUCUUCAAGGGAGGCGUGUCGGAGGCUGCAUCACCGGGCCACGUGGUGCUGCAGGUCUCGGCAAGUGACGUGGACACGGGGCCGGGCGGUUCAGUGCGCUACUCGUGUGUCAUGGAGUGUGGCAGCUUUGAGGUGCGUGCCCUGGACGGUGCCGUCACACUCGCCAAGGAGCUGCAUGCAGAGACUGAGGCUCAACACGUGCUGACUGUGCUGGCCACGGACUCAGGCAUACCCCAGCUCUCCUCCACCGCCACAGUGGUUAUUGACGUUGUGGACUUCAACGACAACCCUCCAGCGUGGCGCCAGGACAGCUACUCCUGCCGCGUGUCGGCCGAGGCCCAGCCCGGCCAUGUGGUCACCUCGGUGUCUGCCACUGACCCAGACGCUGGUCAGGUCACGCCGCUCAGUUAUGCCAUUCACUCGGGAGACCGAGACGCCAUCUUCAGAAUGGAUCAGCUGACUGCCCAGCAAGUGCUCCAGCGUGACUAUUACACAACGUAUCGCAAUUUGGAUUUCACCGCUGUCUUCAGGGAGUUUAAUCGCACUCUAUAUGAAGCUUACGUGGAGGAGAAUUCAUCUCCUGGCCAGCUAGUCAUCAACCUGGUGGCCACGGACCUUGAUGCCUCGGACCUGGGCAAGCUGCAGUACACCAUCCUGCACCAGACUUCAGAGGGAGCCUUCACCGUGGACAAAGAAGGCAACCUAUACACUGAGACACCUCUGGAUCGGGAGUCCCUGCCCAUGCACAGCCUCAAUGUGUCUGUGAUGGACGAGGGGCCGGGCCAGCUCACGGCGGUGCGUGUGACGGUCCGUGACAAGAACGACUACCCACCAGUCUUCAUGUUGCUAGAGUAUCAGGCGAACAUCAACACUGACGUGGCUCCCAGGACAACCAUUCUCAAGGUCGAGGCCAGUGACGUAGAUGAAGGGGCAAACAGUGAAGUGAGGUACCGCAUGUAUGAAGCCAACAGCUCUGAGGCGCUGGAGCUCUUCUCGGUCAACCCCACCACCGGCGAGGUCACCGUGGCACAGACCAUCCACAGCCGAGAAAAUGAGGUGUACCAGUUUUUCAUCCGUGGCGAGGACAGCGGCUCCCCCCAGCACCACUCCGACGUGCCCGUCACCAUCUUCCUGCUGCCCCCUCAUGAGAACCCCCCGCACUGCGCCAGGAAGUAUGCACAGUUCUUCAUCAGGGAGGACGCCCCCAUCGGCAAUGUGAUCACGUCCCUGUGGAUGGCGGGGCCACAGUCAGUGCAGUACCUGAUCAUGGUGGACGAGGGCAUGAAGGCAGCCAGUGAGGAGAGGGAGUCUGGGGAGAGUUCAGGGCCCUUCACCGUGACCUCCACUGGCCUGGUGGUGGUGCACAGGGCCCUGGACCAUGAGCGGCGACGCACACAUCACAUCAGCGUCACCAACCGUACACUGACCACGCCGCCCACGGUGGACUACAUGACCAUCUCUGUGGUGGUGAUGGACGUGAAUGACUGCCCUCCACGCUUCUCUGAGUCCAGCUACACAGCCCUGGUGGCCGAGAACAGCGAGGUGGGCGCCACCGUCACCAUCCUCACGGCCGCUGAUGACGAUGAAGGAAACCAUGGCCAGGUAAAUGUUGCCUGUGUCUCCAUGUUAUUUUCAGUCCAUGAAAACAUUCUCCAGAAUAAAUUAUUAAAUGUCUGCUCUGCUCUCUGCUCUUCCCUCCUCAGAUCCAGUACAGCCUCGGACCCGAUGAAUGCGCGGUAG